AUGAGCAAGUGAAAUUAAUAUUCAAUAAUUAUUAUUUUAUUUUACCGUUUACUGUUUUUCCGUUUAUUUUACCGGAAAUUAACGGAAGAACCCGAGCACAAUGGUUACCUAGCAACCACUUUGAUACAAAAAGUUGCCGGCGGAGAAGAGAAGUGAUCGAAGAAGCGGUUUUUCACACGAGUAAAAAUGUUUAACGGCGAGUUGAUUUCGGAGCGCGUCGCCAGAGAGAGUGUGGAGAGGCGCCGCAAGAGAGAGAUGGAGAGAAAGGAGAGGAUUUUUAAUGACAAGCUCAGGACGAUGGGGGUGGAUAAAGACGCCUUAGAUAUGCAAAUGCAAGAGAAGAAGAGACAAGAGGAAGCAGCCAAAGGAGAACAAAAUGCCUAUGAUGCUGCCAUGCAACAAUACAACAAAGCUGCUUGCCUGAUCCAGAGAAGACAAGACAAGGAGAAGCGCAAGAUGGAGAAGGCAAUGGCCUCCUUCUGGCACCAGAACCAGCAGCCUUCGAAUAGAUGUGGGUUUGAUUUGAACGACCCAGACGCUACAUCUCAGAUGGUUCUGGCCAACUUUGUAGGCGAGGACCCAGAGCAAAAGAACCGACAGCAGAGACAGAGGGAGCAGCUCAGAGCCUGGCUCAUCCAGCAGCAGGAGGAGCAGGAGGAGGACAGGCAGCAACAAAAGCUUGAAGGUAGGGCGAAUGCUGUGCUUAAAGGACACAAUCCUGAGUUCACUGAUAGUUUAUGCUUCUGUCUUUCAUUCUGGACUUUAGAGCUGAACCACGACCAGAGGAGAGUAGAAAUGGAUAAAGAAGCUCUAAAACUCCAGAACCUUGAGAUGGAGAAGAGAAAAGCAGACAGCAUUGCCAUUACAACCUACAACCUAGGCAAGCUUGAGGAAAAAGGUAAUGAGGAAAGGCAGCGGCGUGAUGAAGACUGUGUCCCAACCGCUGUGGGGGUCCCUGGCCUUUGUCCCAGUGAUGACAGGAGACCUCAGCCUGAGACCCUGCAGCAGGUCACUCAGUUCCAGCAAGGCCAAAUCGAGGAGAAGAAGAGGUUGGAGUUGGAGAAGAAGCGAGAGGAGGACUUCUACAAUAAUAUCCGACUGGAUUCGGCCCGUAAAGCUCUGCUGAUGGAGCGGCAGCAAGCAAGGAUGAACAAGCAGCUGAGGAGACACCUGGACAGCUUUAAUGUUCAGCUGGCACAAACCCAAAAACAACGGAAGCCAGAUCUUAAAAGAGGAAACAUUGAAGACAGCUUCUUCUCCAAUUUCAACACCUGCAGCAGAUGAGGGGGAAUCACUGGAGAAAACCAACAGUUCUGCUGCAAGAGGAGCG